UGUACCCAGAGAGACAUGUCGUUCUACAAGUCACUUCAUAGUCAUGCUGCGAAGUAGCUCAUUAUUCUCCAGGGAGAAUAUUCACUGAACACCGGACUUUUGAUAACAUUUCUACAAACUUCAGAAAUGAUCCGAAUCAACAACACCCAAUACUACCACUUCCUGCAGCAGGCAGAUGCCUUACGUCGCUCAGGGUCACUCUGUGAUGCCAUCAUCUCAGUAAAGAGUCAGACUUUCAGGGCUCAUCGGCUAGUCUUGGCUUGUGCUAGCAGAAGACUAGCGCAGCAGCUAGCCCAGGCAGACGAAGACAGCCCAGCCCACUGCACUCUGGAGUAUUUCUCACCCCGCACCUUCCAGCAAGUUCUGGACUUCACCUACACACAGACUCUUGAGGUGUCUGUGGAUGACCUGCACCUGCUGCUGAAGGCUGCUCAGCUGUUGGAGAUGCAGCCGUUGGAGGACCAGUGCCUGAAGCAGCUGGGCAAUCUCUACUACAGAGUCAGAGAGGAGGGUGAAAGAAGAAAAAUCACAUGCGUUGAAAAAGAAGAAGAAGAAGAAGAAGAAGAAGAAGAAGAAGAAGGAGAGGAGAUCACUCAAAAGCAAAAAGGAAGUCCAGUUCAAGAUGAGAAACUCCAAGAGACUCCUUCCCCAGUGGAUGAGGCAAGCGACUGCAUUGUCAUGGGAAACCUAGCGCCCUCUGAUCCUGCUAAGAACCCCAACAUUCCGCCAUUCCCGAGGAAGAAGCCUAAACUCUCUCCUGUGUCAGCAACAUCCUAUAACAGAGACUGUGUUAUCAACAUGCCUACCAGUAGUAGUUCCUCUUUCCCUUAUCCCUGGAAUUUCCCUACAAACAUGUGGAGCUCUGUGAACACCCUGAGGCGGAUAGCAGGGAACUAUCCAAGCUCAAUUGCAGAUCACCCACUUCAGUCCCCAAACCAGUCCUCUGUUGCAUACCCAUUCUCCCUCUCCACCCCCAACAUGUUUCCCCUACUCAGCUCUCAUUUUCAAAGCCCUGUUCACAGCUCUGUAAUGGGCUUCUUAGGCUUUCAUCCACAUUAUACACAAAACCUUUACGCUGCGUCUACAGGGAUGGGGAGGAUAAUCAGGCAAGGCCUGUUGAAACGAAAAAACCCCAGCCCAAGAGCAUUUACUGAGACGGGUCAAACCAGUGAGCCGAGUUACCAUGAGGUACCGAAGGCCAGCAGAGAGAGAGUUAAAGACUGCCAACACUGCAGCACCAGCCUCCUUGGUGAUCCAGCGCAGCGGGAGUCAGCCUCCACACCACCAGAUGAGACUUGUGCAGGUUGUCGGUUCUGUGAAAGUAGAGAUGUGGUGCAGCAUGAACCACAAAGCCAUCAACAAGAACACAGAGGACAAAAGCCCUACCAGUGCCAACACUGUCCCAAGAAAUUUAGUCUGAAACAUCAGCUGGACACUCACCACCGAGUUCACACCGGAGAGAAACCCUUCGAGUGUCGUAUUUGUGGCCAGCGCUCACGGGACUACUCAGCGAUGAUCAAGCACCUGCGGACUCACGGCGGGGCCACGCCCUACCAGUGCACAGUGUGCCUGGAGUUCUGCAAUAGCCUGGUCUCCAUGAACAAACACGUCAAGAGCCACGCGGUGCAGGACUUCCCUCCGGACUGGAGCAUCAACAGCACUUACCUGUACAACUCACACAUCUGAGCCUCACAGCACACUGUCUUUACAAAGUUCUCAUAAAUGUAGCUUGAAUUUGUGCCUCUUAUGUACUAUCAUGUCAUUUGAAUAACAGCUGCUAAUCAUUUGAUUUUCUUAAGGAUAAUCCCAGAUAAGGUGUGAAAAACCAAGAAGGUCCUUUGACAACACUUACCACUGUUUUAAAGGUGUUUUUAAAGUGUUGCAAUAACGUCUAUACAAACUGAAACUACUCCGAAUACACAUUCACAACUAUAGAAGAGAGAAAUGUUGCACUAAUUGCCAAUGACAUGUUAGAAAAGGUACUGAAAGUGUUUACCAUUUCUUAUUAGGUCAUGUCCAUGCAGCAAAGUUACAGCAACAGCUUAUUGUACAGUAAUGUGUUAACUUUGUAAGUUUGACCUGGGUUUAUAGCGCCCUCAUGAGGGCAACUACUGUAACAAAUCAGGGUUUUUUUCUGUAGUAGUGCUCACAAAUGAAUCACCAUGUAAAGAUGGGUCAAGUGGCUGAGGGUUUUUAUUAAGUGCUGGAACAUUUAAAAACAGACUACAUUCAUUGAUCCAGCACUUAAAAACCUGCAGCCAUUAUAUGAUCCUGUGUUAUUAUAGUCAGAGAAAAGCAGAAAGAGAAGAGUUCUCUCCAGUGUCAGUCAACACAACUUCAAGUUAGCCAAAUCCCAUACAUCAUAACAUUUGGGACUGUAUUUAUGCAACACAGACAAAAAGGAAUGCCGUAGGCAUCUUAAUAUUUCACCGGACAGCUCAUUAAACUGCUCUGGUUCAUUGAGAUGAGAAUAACAGCGUUUGAAGGCAGCCUUGUCUGUCUAUCUAGUGACAAACAAUAGUUUAGCAUUUUUUAUUUUUUUACUCUUCCAUUAAAAGUAGAUGUUCUGCAUAAUCAGUCACUGAUGCCACUGCUGCCUAUUUCACAAGUUGCAUGCUAUGGAUAUAUUUAUACCAAGCGGUAUUUACCUGCCAUAAAUCUCAAAAAGCAACACAGAAGUUAUGCGACUAAAGUUAUCCCAGAAGUCAUAUUUAUCAUGUUUUGUAUGUAACCGUACACAUUGUUUCCUAGAGGGAGCUUUCAGUAGAGUUUAAGACACUGAAAUAUUUUUUGUUUUUUUGUACAGUAUUAUCUUAAUGUGUAUGGGGUAUCAAAUGAAAAGUAGUAGUUCAUUCAGUUCAUUUAUAGGCUUUGAAUUGAUCAAUAUGCCAUGACAUGCCACCUUGGCAAUUAUUUGUCAUUUGUACAAAUAAA